AGCAGCAAGCAGCUGGCUGCAGAAACUGCUAGCUUGGAAGAGCAAUUGCAAGGAUGGGGAGAAGUGAUUUUGAUGACUGAUAAAAUUCUUCGCUGGGAGAGAGCCUGGUUUCCUCUUGCACUGAUGAGCGUUGUUUCCUUUACUUUCCUGAUGAUCUACUACUUGGAUCCAUCUGUUCUUUCGGGCGUCUCCUGUUUUGUUAUGUUCGUCUGUUUGGCUGAUUACCUUGUUCCUGCUCUUGCACCUAGAAUCUUUGGCUCUAACAAGUGGACUACUGAGCAGCAGCAAAGAUUUCAUGAAAUUUGCAGUAAUUUGGUAAAGAGUCGUCGCAGAAUUAUUGGUUGGUGGAGACGUCUCUUCACACUGAAGGAAGAGAAGCCUAAGAUGUACUUCAUGACCAUGCUGUGUUCUCUUGCUGUGGUUGCCUGGAUAGGACAGCAAGUUCACAAUCUCUUUCUCACAUAUCUUAUUGUAAGUUUCUUGCUGCUGUUUCCUGGACUAAACCAGCAUGGGAUCAUUACAAAGUACAUUGGAAUGGCAAAAAGGGAGAUAAACAAACUUCUCAAGCACAAGGAAAAGAAAAAUGAAUGAAGACUUAACUGCUGUUCACUCCUGUAAAAGGUUUCCAUGGGAACAGUUUUGAGAAUUAAUGUAUAAUUAAGAUAAUAGAAAGAAGUUGUCUUGCUCAUUGGCUUACUUUUUAUUGACUCCCUGUGAAAAUGUCACUCUAGCAACUGCUGUGGAUUUGUGUCCUUCUUGCUCUGUUGCUGAUGAUUUUGCAGUCUGCAGCUGAUCUCAUAUGAAAGAUCCUGACUUUUGACUUGUGGAGCUUAUUAAUCUCUUCAUAAAAGUAAGAGGCCCCAUAAAUAAGUACCCCAACUC